AUGUGGGUUCCAUUACUUCACCUUCCCAUCAAUGUACCAGGUUACAUGGGAGGUGGUGGUCCUGGGGCGCUGAACCCACCCAAUGGCGACAUCGGAGUUGAUGGGAUGAUAAGCGUGAUAGGUCACGAGCUGGCUGAAUUGUCGUCUAAUCCACUGGUGAAUGCUUGGUACGCCGGCGAAGACCCGAUGGCACCGACGGAAAUAGGGGAUCUGUGCGAAGGGCUUUACGGGACAGGCGGUGGCGGAGGGUUCAUUGGGCAGGUGACGAGGGAUAAACAAGGACGGACUUACAAUUUGAAUGGGAUAAGUGGUAGAAAGUUUUUGGUGCAGUGGAUAUGGGAUCCAGUUCUCAAGGCCUGUGCCGGUCCCAAUGCUUUAGACUAG